AUCCGAGGUCACACUGUGCCUCGGGUGUUGCUGUUUUGCUGCCAUUCUGACCCAGAUGAAUAUUGAUCCCAAUUCAACAAUAAGAUGCAAGUGAUUUGCGCUGUAACGCCAGUUAUCGCUAAGAAACUUCCGCUGUGAUUUCUCAUUUCCGUCUUUGAGCGACGACGAACAAUAACAAAGGUCUGACUGCGUGUGCGUGUGUGUUUGUUGGACUGGACUGGAAAAAAAUACAACGCAGAAGGGCAAUCAAACAACUGUGAAUCAACAAACGAUCAACAGGCCAGCGCCACCAUGUCGUGGUUCAAUCCCUGGGAUGGGCUAAAGACAAAGAUGUGCAGAUACCUGCUGCAGCGAUAUUUGGGUCAAUUCUUUGAGAAUAAUCUGAAUUUGGAGCAGUUGAAGGUGGACCUGUACAAUGGUAGGGCCGUGGUGGAAAACAUUUCGCUCAAGGUGAACGCCUUCAAUGAUCUGUUCGAAGAUCAGGGCUGGGCCUUUGAGGUGGUAUCCGGACACAUUGGCUGCCUGGCAGUUGCCGUUCCAUGGAACGCUCUGAUGACCAACGACAGCUCGCUGGAGAUCUCCAAUUUGACGAUAACACUGCGUCCGGUGACGCGCUUUCAGAGCGGCACUACCAUGCUGGAGUCCAUGUGGUCGUCGGUGAGCAGCUCCAUGCAAAUGGCCGAGGAGUGCAUGAAGCAAGUGGACGAUGAUGUGCCCUUCUUAAAUCACAACAACGCACUCAUUGGGCUGGAGAAGUUUGCGGAGACCAUUGACAAUGUGCUGAAUCGCAUCAAGGCCAAGCUGACGAAUACAACGCUCAACAUUGAGUACCUGCUGCCGCAGUCGGACAGGAAGCUGGUGAUGUCCUUCCAGGCCAGUCACGUGGAUUACAUGAACAAAACGGGCUACGAGAGCCCCCAUCACAAUGGUGGGGAUCUGAGCAGCAGCCAGACGGAGGCCGAUGACGAUGACGAGAGCAUAAUUUCUAACUUUAAUACGCUGCCAAUGAUCGCCAAGCACAAUCUGGUCAUCGAAGGCCUAACCAUACACACUUCCGAGGUGCUGGACAUGGACAGGCACAUCUAUUCGGUGAGCGGACCCAUCCAGUACGAGCAGCUCUGCAAGAUUGUAGAGCUCAAAGGGUCGCAGAACAUUCAGAUCAAUAUCAAGCAAACGGAGAAUAUUGUGGGUCCCAAGGUGAAUCUGGAGAUAAUACUGGAUGACAUUUACUUUAUACUCACGCCGCGGCAAAUCCACUUGCUCGUUGAGAUCUCCAAGGGCUUCAGCAACAACGAACGGCCCAAGGAUACGCUGCGUAAGACACGCUGCAAGAGCAUCAAGUCCACAACGCCGCCGAACGAGUAUCAGCAAUGCGAGCCCACCAAAAUGACGGGCAUACUCUCGCAGAACGCCGACUGGGCCACAGAGCCCACAGAGUACUCCAGCUAUGGUGGCCAAGAGCAGCCUGGUGGAGGCCCCACCAGGAGCGUAUAUUCCCGGGGAACGCAUCGCAAGAUGUGCGAAUCGGGCUCCAGCAUGGUUACCUCCUGCAGCAAUGCCCAGCAGGAGAUGGGCUACACGGAAAAGUCCGGUGAGAUACUCAAGUUCAAGAUACAGAUCUCCCAGAUCUUUGGCAUAGCCCUGCACAAUGAUAUACUGAUCCAGAACACGGCUAGCAUUGAUAGCUAUACGCGUGUGUUCGAUAGCGCCAGUUACCAGAGCUACUCGCAGACGGCGCAGCAGUUCUUCCACCAGAACACCCACACGUCGAACCACCUGCCAAUGGAGAACCUCAACUAUUUGCUGGUGAAGGCGGCGCCCAUUAUUGUGAGCGGUAACCAGCAGCGCUACUUCCAGGAGCUCACCUCAAAGACGACACUCUCGGCCACGGCCGUGGACUUUUGCGAGGUGCUGGACAAUGCGAUCGAUCAUCUCAUACAGUUCGAUCGGCAGCGAAACUGCCCCGAUGGCUAUCACAUUCGCCCGGAGAUUGUGCUAAAUCAGAGCUCGUCGUUUCUGUUCAAGCAGAACCACAAUCGCUGCACGAACAAGAUCGAGUGCAUCUUCGAUGAGUGCACCGCAGAGCUGGACAUUUCGAUCUAUGAUCGACUGGGCGCCCUCUUCGGCCAGUCGCCCUUUGCACAAAGCUCUGGGGAGCAGCACGAGAACUACCCAGAGGAUGGCAGUCUGACGGAUGUGCAAGUGAAGUGCGAGAAUUUGAGGCUACAUCUGCGUUUCCCAGUGGUCGAUGGCCGGGCGCCCAAUGAUCCCCACAAGAUGCCCUGGUGGAAGAAGCAUGUGCGCCAGGACUUCUUGGCCGUGGAGUUUCGCAGUCUGUUGAUUGCCUCGCGGACGCACAUCAGCAUCAUGGCGGAGGAGCUGGACGCCUUCUACUGCGAUGCGGAGAAACAGAGUGCCACUCCUCUGCUCAAGUGCCAUCAAAAGAACAACAAGAAGAUCCAGAUCGAUGUGCUGCAGCCCAGGGAGAACAACAACGACAACCGUACGAUGGAUCACAACAAGAAGCCCAAGCGGCGUUCCCCAUUUAGCUCCAAGUGCACCUUUGGCUACACCACCAAUGUGGAGGGACUGGAUGGGUGUGUGGAUAAAACGGAUUCCUUUCUGCCUGGCGAAACGGAGGAGAUUAAUGACUUUUGCCAGAGCUGUUCGCAAUCCUCAAAGCUAAAGGUCGCGGUGUAUGUGCCGCAGAUCAAGGUGGUGCUAGAGUCCAAGCAGAUGUACGAACUGAUUUACAAUCGCCUCAAUGGCGAUCUCUUUAUGUGGGAGCCCCGUUCCCCCCACUACGACUACGCGGCGGAUGAGGAGGAGGAGGAGAAGCACAACGAAAGGGAGGAGGAGGAUGAGGCCAGCCUGGAGGAGAGUGCGUUGGAAUAUGAGAAGCACAAAUACGACAGGAGUGUCCUGCUGAGCACCAGUGCCAUGGAGAGCAGCAUUUACUUCUCCAUGGCCGAGAAUACGCUACCCAAAUCCCAUGCCAAACCCAAUCCCAGUCCCCAAGUGCCCAACGAUGAGGCCUUCUCGUUUGAGCUAUUUGUGGCGGAGGGUUCCCUGAUAUUAUUCUCCCACUUUGUGGAUCCCGAGACGCAACUGCGAACGCCGCAAUGCGGCAAGUUUCAGGUGAACAUCAAAGAGCUGAAACUCUUCACCGUCAAUGGACUGAACAACGAUCAGAAUCGCAGCUACUUUUGCAUUCAAUUGAGCCACGUGGAGGCGCUUCAUUGUGGCAAUACCCAGCAGGAUUUGCAGCUCGCCUGGAGCGACCAUCACGAUGACAAUCUGCAGCCCACAAUCUACAAUUUUGGCAAGCAGGAGCAGCAGCAGCAGCAGACCAACAGGAAGCGGCAGGAGGUGCUCUCUGUGGUGGCGGAGAUCAAGAAGCAGCCGGAGAAGCGCAUCAAACGCAUGAAGAUGUCUUUCGGCAUCAAUGGGGCCAUACUGCAGCAUCAUCCCGCCUUCUCGGAGCACAAUUGGCUGAAUCAGUUGCUUGACUUUAUGGACGUCACCGAUUUCCCCAUCGAGGCGUAUGUGCCCUUUGCUCUCGUCUCCGAGAUCCAGCUGCACGUGUGGAAUGCGGCCAUCGACUAUCGGCCCAAGUUCUUUACCCAUCGGGCGCUCAUCGACAUUGGCUACUGUACGCUGAGCAGCAACAUCAUCUCCUCGAUGAGCGGCUGCACCCUGCGUGUGAUUGGCGAGGAUUGUGUGCUUAGUCUGGGCUCCAACACGUCCUGUGACGGCCCCCUGAUACCCGUGCUGAAUGUGGGUCUGCUGAACAUCUCCUUCCGCCUGAACGAGGUUGACAAACAGCAGCCGAGGGUGGAUCUGCGCUCCUCCAUUCACGACAUGCACCUGAAGACCUGCUACGACUCGGCGGCGGCUCUGGCCCAGCUCAUUGGCUAUGUGGCCAGCGACAAAGAUCUCAUUUCGCCCGAGGAGAGCUCCCUCGAUGCCCACGAGAGCAAGAUUGCGGAGCCCAAGGCCAGCAGCGAGGAGGAGCAGGUGUGUGACGAUCAGACCCAGAAUCAUGUGAACAAACUGAUGGCCGAUGCCGUCAUGGAUGUGGAGUGUACGCCCGGACCCAGGCACAACAAACUGGCGGGCAAGGAGGAGGGCAUCGAGAUCUUCUACUUUCCCGACGAACCCAAAGAGAAGGCAGAGCUGCAGCAGAAAGAGAAGGAGGUCAGCUCUGCUCCCUCGAAGAAGAAGGAACCCGGCGACAUGCAGAGCAUAUCCCUAAUUGUGGAGAGUGCACCUGCAGAGAUAUGCAACAUUGUCGACUUUGAGUCGAACGUGAUGCUUCAGUCGUACUACAAUCAGACGCUCGAGCAGCCGCUGCAGCAGGUGCAGCAGGAACUGGGGGAUGUGCUCCCCCCACUAAUGGAGGAGCGCGACUUUGACAUCAUUCACGACGAUGAGAUCUCGCGCAUGGAUAAGUUUGGCGUCAAGCAGAUCUACGUGUCCGAGGAUCCGCUGCAGAUUGUGGACAAUCAUUUCUGUUUGCCCCACGAGAAGAUGGAUCUGCUGCGGCCGCCGGCAAACUUUCCCAUGGCCGAGAGCAGCUACACUUUGUGCGAGAUGACGUUCACGUGGCACAUGUACGGCGGCAGGGAUUUUCCCGAUCAAACCAAACCAAAUGACAGCAGCAGCAAGAAGACCCCGAACGCAGGAUACGGACACAUGUCGGACACGUACAAAUACGGCGUAUCGCAGCCACAAAGCGAGCAGAAGACAACGAAAAAGGGAGCAGGUCUGCCCAAGGAGCCAAAGGGCUCGCGCAGGAACCUGGAUGUGCUGGUGGAGAUACAGCUGUCGAAGAUUCGCUUCUCCUACGAGGCCUAUCCCCUCAGCUCCAUAUACUCCUCGCGGCAGGUGCUGCUCGUCUCGGAGAUCGAGAUACGCGACCGCCUGCGCUCCUCGGACAUCAACAAGUUCCUGUAUCAUCCGAACAUCAGCAACAUAUCCCGCCGGCUCGACGAGAACAUGGUCAUUGUGAAGGCCCUGAACGUGCGGCCCAAUCCACAGAAGAGCACCGCCGAGGAGUGCUCCCUGCGCGUGUCCAUUCUGCCCAUCAAACUGAACAUUGACCAGGAUACGCUGCUCUUUCUGGAGGACUUCUUUUCGGCGCUGCUCAAGAACUCCUCCAGUGCCAGUGCCCCAGCGAAUGCCAAAAUGGAGGUCAACUCUGCCUCCGACAUGCCCGUAAUGUCGGUGAGCAAAAUGUCCGAUGCCCUGCAGGAUUUGGAGGCGAGGGAGAUUGUGGAGAGGAAUCUCGAUGUGCUCAUCGACGAGGGCAAGGACACCACGGCCGAGCUGGAGGAUGAUCCCCUGGGUGGAGAGUCGGCGCCCGUCUACUUCCGGGAGGUGAUCUUCAGCCCCGCACUGCCCAUCUGCUUCGACUACCAUGGCCGUAGGAUUGAGCUCUCGCGUGGCCCCAUCACGGGCCUCAUUAUGGGCCUGGCCCAGCUCCAAGGAUCGGGCAUCUGUCUGCGGGAGAUCGUCAACCGUCGCGGCAUCCUGGGCUGGAACAAGCUCUGCGAAUUCCUCUGCAAGGAGUGGCUGAAGGACAUCAAACGCAAUCAGCUCCCGAACAUUCUGAGCGGCAUUGGGCCCACCAAUGCGGUGCUGCAGCUGUUCCAAGGCGUCUACGACCUUUUCCGGCUGCCCAUCGAGCAGUACAACAAGGACGGGCGCAUCAUUCGCGGCUUCCAGCUGGGUGCCCAGAGUUUCACCGCACGCACAGCCCUCGCGGCGCUGGAGAUCACGUCGCGCAUCAUCCAUCUGCUGCAGUUCACGGCGGAGACCACCUUCGAUAUGCUCUCGGCGGGUCCGUCGCUCAAGAAGCGCCACACGAAGCGCGGCAAGAAGAAGCGGCAGGGUAGGCCCAAGGAUCUGCGCGAGGGCGUGGCCAAUGCCUACACCAUCGUCAAGGAGGGUAUCAACGACUCGGCCAACACGCUGAUCGAGGCGGCCAUGACGGAGCACGACCAGAAGGGUUACAGCGGUGCCGUAGGCGCUGUUGUGCGGCAGAUCCCUCAGCUGGUCGUCUGUCCGGCCGUACUCGCCACGCAGGCCACAACGAACAUCCUGGGCGGAGCCAAGAGCUCCCUGGUGCCGGAGGCGAAGCUCGAGGCACGCGACAAGUGGAAGCACGAAAUCCACUAAAGGAUUUAAUGGUUCAAAAACAAUGUAAUCUUAAGAUUAAUUCUACUUUUAAUUUCGGGACACAUAUAUCGCAUAAAACAGAGUUAUAUAUUUUUUAUUAUUUUACUAAAAACAAAAAAAAAAAACAAACAUGUAAAUAAAGUGGAACAUGCAAAUAUACUGGAGGAGAUCUCUCGACGGGGAAUGCUUUAACGGACACGAGAUCUCUUCAUAAGGGACAAGAAAUCUAUAUAGAAAAGAGGGAUUUUUUACUUCUUUUUUUUAUGCAUCAUAAUAAUAUUAAUAUUAAGGUUUUAUCUUUUGAUUUGCAUUUGUUUUGAUAUUUUCAUUUUAAUAUUUUACUUAAUAAAUGCAUAGAAAAUGGAAAAUACGGAAUGUUGAAUGGGUUUUGGAAGGGAAAAUCCGGGAGUUAAUUACAUCUUCUACUUAGUUUUAUUUUUUAGUUAUUUUUCGAUGUAACAAGCAAUGAAUUUUCUACAUUUAACAACUCUUAA